AUGCCAUGUCAGAAUGGAGGAAUAUGUCGAACGUCAUCAACAGGAUUUACGUGUGAUUGUGUUCGCGGCGUGAAAGGAGAUCAAUGUCAAACAAUAGGCAACCAGUGUCAAUCUGAUUCAUGUUUGAAUGGUGGAACAUGUAUUUCAAUGCUCAAUCGCUUUGUUUGUCUUGGUGCACAAGGAUAUUCAGGAACAAUAUGUAAAGAAGAAUUGAAUGUUUGUGAAUCCUCACCUUGCAUGCAUAAUUCAACAUGUAUCAAUGGUGUAUCUCGUUUUGAUUGUGCAUGUGCAUUGGGCUUUCGUGGUUCUCACUGUGAACAAAAUAUAAACGAAUGCGAGAGUGCGCCGUGCUUAAACAAUGGUGUAUGCCAAGAUCAGGUAAGUCCAAGGUGUGAAUUGACAAUCAGUGCUUGUACCUCAAAUCCGUGUGUAUUCGGCGCAUGUAUUCACGUUCCCACACAGUAUAAUGCGUUAAAAUUACAUUUUGAUCCGAAGUAG